AUGGCUGCGCAUACCGAGAGCGCGCAGCUAGCCAGUCGGCUCGAUGGAUUGGUCAUGGUCAUCCCGGACCUGCGCCGGAUGGUCAGCCACUGGCCGUCUGGAAAGAAUACUCAUGCCUCCGAGGUUGAGGGGUUGAUUUGCAAACUACUGGAGCAGAGCGAUGCGUCACCGAAAGACAAGGCCAAUGUCCUAGAAGCAAAUCCGGCUCUCUUAGCUUCAUGCCUCUGGCCCAACGCAACAAGAGAAAGACUUGGCACCUUGACGCUCAUGGUGCUCUGGCAGGGCAGACUCGAUGACCAUAUCGAAAGCCUCGAGUACAAGAGCGCGGAAAAGGCCAAAGACUUCCGCAACAAGGCCAAGGACUACAUUGCGCAGUAUCUCCAGCUUUCCGAGGGGCCCAAGGAGGCGUCAACGAACCCCGUCAUUGCGGGGUUCCAGCCGGUUGCCAAAGUCAUUUGCCAGCAGUACGACCGAGAUCAGCGGAGAAGGUUAAGGGUUAGUCUAUUUGAGUACAUUGACUCGACCGUGCAAGAGAUGCGGUACAUCCAGAGCGGACACGCGCCGACGACUUUAUCGUAUGAGAAGCUUCGCAAGAAGACGGGGGGCGCUGGCCCUCUGUGCGCCUUGGUAGAGUUCGCCUCUGGAUCAGAGUGGCCGGCGCACGUCGUCAACUCGCAGCCGUAUAAGAUGAUCCUGGAGUCGGUCAGCAUUAUCAUUGGCCUGUCAGUUUCCCCCUCUAAUAUACCCCGAAAUGGAGACGUCCAGAAGCUGACGGGGUGCUUUUCUGGAAAUAGGACGAAUGACUUGCUCUCGCUGAACAAAGAGCUGCGGAAAGGCCGGACUCUCAACGCGGUGCCGGUGCGGUACUGGAAUGGCAAAGACGGCAGUGACUUGGAGAGUGCUGUCGGAGAAGUCGUAGAAGAGAUUGACAAGGCCGUUAAGCAGCUCGACGUCUGCGAGCGAAGAUUGAUCAACCAGAACCUGGCGGAUGCGGACGCGAUUCAGGAGGUGACUGCGACGCUCAAGACGAUUUGCACCGGCAACUUGACUUGGAGUCUUGAGUCAAAACGGUAUAACGUAGGUCCUCCGGACGCCGACGGAAGUCUGAGGCAGGAAUUGAGGGCUCCCGAUGCAUGA